AUGGAAGAACUACGCAAUGCAGCGCGCGGAGCUCUCCAGCAACCAACACCCGCUCUCAUUCCUGAGUCAAUCCUGAGCAAUAUUACUGUUCCAGCGGCCGUCGAUCAGCUAUGGCAAGAAAUAUCCACUCGUGACAACUCAGAUCAUGCCAAGAUUCUUGAAGAUCUUCUCGUUGCUCAGGGAUUCUUGAGCGGCAAGACCCGUGAGAGCGUGUCUGAUGCAGAUAGAGCCGCCAUUAACAGGCUUUACGGAUGGGCGAGUAGGAUUGCUCUGCCAGCUCCAGUAUUUGCGGAGACUCCAGAGGAGCCAUCACCAGAAGCGCAAGAGGAGAGCCGGCAGCGGUCUACUCUGGCCAUAUCUGUCAUUUCAUCGCUAGCUAAACUGCUUCCAAUUGAAGAUGCCGAGCCAUUGUAUGACGUUAUUAUUGCUUUGACAAGCUUCACCUCUGAACAAGAUGAAUGGACUACACAUGAGACUUACACAACCUCGACCACAUUGCUGAAUGAUUUCGUUGAGAGAUCUGAAGGUUCACAUUUUUGGGCAACGGCGGAAUCGUUACUCAAAACCCGGAUCAGGCCUCUUUUUGCAAAAACUAAAAACCCGGCCAUCACUGAAUCUGGUCGAAAGAACUUCCACCCUAUUCCUUUGCCGCGGUUCGAUAUGAGUAUUUUGGACCCUGAGACUAAGCCGUGGAAGACGUAUGAUGUCUACAUCACCACUGUCUAUUCCUGGAUUGUCAAUCAGUAUAAAUCUACCGAUCGCGAGCGCUUCGAAGCACAUUUCUCGCUUCUAGUUCCACCCAUUCUCACCAUGAUAGACGAUGACAGCCUUCCUUUUAAACGCCACGGCUGCAUUCUGUUGUCACAAUUCUUGAUCCCCAUCCAAGAAAGCAAAUCCGAUAUUCUGCGACGAACCAAUCUGUCAUCCGUCUUCGAAGAUGCCAUCAGACCGUGUUUCCACUCCUUGCCCACAAUCACCCCAGAAGUCGACUCUAUUAAACUCCUUGCCGCAGCCUACCCAGCUCUCCGCUCUCUCCUCCAAACAAGUUACAGACCAGCCCUAACCCAGGCUAGCCAAUACUCCUCAAUAAAACACACGAAAGAUAAGGAAGCAUUCAUAUCCGCAACAACCAAAACGCUACGCGACCACCUCAUCCCGUCCUUCCACCACAUCAGCUCAGCAGAUAUUACAUCGACCUCUACUUUUGCGUCAUUCCCCCACCCCCGUUUAUCAACUCUCCUUCUCAAUGAAAUUGCUAUCACAUGUGCGGAUUUGGGGGUCCACACUACCAAGUACCUCCAAGACAUCAUCCCUCUAGUGUAUAGCACAUUAUCCAAUAUGUUUGGCACCACGCACCCGCCACUCCUCAUCUCAGCAGUUUCUGUUUUGCGAGCGCUGAUUCUCAAUGCGUACCCGCGGAUAUGGAGAUGGCGAGGCGAAAUUCUUGGUGCGAUAUGUUCAUGCUGGGUUAAUGUUCUGGAUGACGAAGAAGAGUCAAAGACCACGGGAACUAAAGCCCCGAAAGAUAAAGCAUCGGCGCCGUCUUCCGGAGAUGAAAGCAAAACCGCAGAGUUGACGCGGUUAAAAAAGGAAUUGCAGGGCUCGAUAUAUCUGUUGAGAUAUGCACUUGAGAAUCCCGCUCACGUAGAUAACGAUGAAGGGCAACGAGGGGCUAAAGAGAAUAUUGGGCGAGAGAUACAGAUGUUGGUUGACGCUGAUGAGAGCUUGAAAGAGUGUCUUCUCGCGGAUGUAUACCCGGAUGAUGGGAAUUAUUUCGGGGUUGGAAGUGGUUUUUGA